GGGGGUUUAAAAGGAUCCGACUAUCCGAGUGAGCGACCCAAAUCCCCUCAUUAGGGUUCCCUCUCUUCUCUCUCUUCUCUCUCCCGAUUUCCUCUCAAUCAACCAAUAUAGGCGUUGCCCUCUCUCUCUCUCUCUCUGCGUAAAAUGGAAAGACUGCGGCUUUAGGGUUCGUUCGCUUCAGCAGCUUCGUCCCUGCUGAAAUUCGCUUCACUUGUCAUCUCUCUCACUCGCAGCAAUGGCGGCGACAGCGCCAGUGGAGCCUGAAAAGGCCAAUCCAUGCUGCGCCGGGUGGCAAAGGAAGUAUUUGAAAAGUGAGAAGCUGCGGAAUCAUCUCCGGGAAGCUGUAAACAUCCUUCAGAAGGGGACCGAAGAGGUUCAGGCACAGCAUUCUGCUCUCAAGAAAGAAUAUGAGGAGUUGCGAGUGCUGGCAGAUAUUGAGAAAGAGGAGAAAAUGAAAGAAUCUGCUGCAAGGGUCUCUCUAGAGAACGAAAUUUCUGAGUUGAAAUGUGAGAUACUUUCUCUCAAGCAGCGGGAAGGUGCAGAUUCUCAAGAUAAGGAUGAAAUAGAGAUUCUUAAAGGCCAGGUCUCUGACCGGGAAGAGGAGAUUAGUCGUCUUAAGGAGCUGAUUGAGAGAGAGAAGAAAAGAGCAGAAUCAGAAAGUAAGAAAGCAGAAGUGGAGAAGAAAAGGGCUGCCGAAACACAAAAGAAUAUGAAAAUUGAAAAAAAGAAGGCUGAUGAGGAAAGGAAGCGUGCCAAUAUUGAAGGAGAGAAGGCGGAGAAUUAUAGGCUUCAGUUGGAGGUAUUGGAGAAAGAAGUUGCUAAAGCAAAAUCUAAUUCUGAAGGGGAAAAGGAGAUUAGUUCUCUCAAGGAGCUUAUCGAGAGAGAGAAGAAAAGAGCAGAAUCAGAAAGUAAGAAUGCAGAAGUGGAGAAGAAAAAGGCUGCUGAAGCAUUGAAAAGUAUGAAAACUGAAAAACGUAAGGCUGACGAAGAAAGAAAACGUGCCAAUGUUGUAGGAGAGAAGGCUGAGAAUUAUAGGCUCCGGUUGGAGGUAUUGGAAAAAGAAGCUGAUAAAGCAAAAUCUGUUUUGGCUUCUGAAACAUUAAGGCUUGAAGUAACGAACAAAAAUAUUGAAGCAGAAAAACAGAAGGUCGUAAAGGAGAGAGAACGUGCAAAUUCAGAGAAGGCGAAAGCUGAGGAACUGAGGAAGCUUGAGGAAGCCAACAGGAGAAAGACCAUUGAAGAAAAAUCUCGUGCUGAAAGUUUGUCUCUGCAAUUGGUAGAGAGUAGAAAGAGGGUUGAUGAAUUACAAAAAGAGCUAAACGAAGUUAGGUGUUCAACAAAAUUGCAUGCGGAUCUUGGUGUCCAACCUCAUGGUAAUAGAAUUGAUGCAUCCAAUGAGAUUUCAUGUUUGGAGGAAGCAAACAAAAAAUAUGAAGUUGAAAAGCAGAAGGCAAUGAAGGAGAAAAGGCGUGCAGACUCGGAGGCGUUGAAGACUCAAAAGCAGAGACAGCUUGCUGAAGUAAAUUUGAAGAAGGCCGUUGAAGAAAAAUCUCGUGCUGAUCAUCUAUCUCGGCAGUUAGAUGAAGCUAAAAAAGAGAUUGAGGAAUUGUCAACUAGAAAGUUGAUUGAGGUGUCUGCUGUACAACAACUUGCCAAAGGUAUGGAUUCUGAAAGUGUGAAGGUGAAACUCUUAAAGAAACGGCUUAAGCUUGAGAAAAUGCAAAGCAAGCAUUCUAAGGAAGUGGUCAAGCUGGAAAGAAAUCGCAACAGUAUCCUACAUCAAGAACUUGGUCGCUUGAAGUUGGACUGUGAUCAAAUUUCACAGCGGUUGUAUAUGCUUAAUAACUCAUUCUCCUAUAAUGCCGAAGGUAUAGAUGACCUUGAAAAGACCUGGAAUAUCAUGAAAAAGCAACGGUUAAGCAACAAGAAUUACCAAGAGUCAGAUUCUUUGCAGAUGAAUCUUCAAAGUGGGACUGACUUUCUGAAACCUGGCUUCCCAGUUUUGGAUGCAUCAGAUCCUUUCAGGGAAGCCAUGCAACAUACUGGACCUUAUCCUCUAUCUGGAGGAAACUGCACUGGAUCUAUUUCAGGUAUUGAUUCUAAAUUAGAGUCUCCUAGAGGCUCUAAGAGAAACAUGUUAAAGAGUUCUGCAAUAAAUUCAAGUACAGCAUCUUUUUCUGAUGGACAGUUGGUGGGCUCACAGGAAAAAGGUGCAUUUUCUGUUACCGUGCCAACAAAAUUGGUUGACGAAAAUGUGCAGCCAGCAAUAUCCCACUUGUCUACUGAGGUUAUCAAAAGAAAGUGCGAUGAAACUAUUGAUGUGGUGGCUGAAAACACUGUCAGAAGUCCUGUACGAACUAAUUGUGUUGGAAAAGUUAAUGAGUAUAGCAGGAAGAGAAAGAGGAUAAUAGAUGCAGUUGAAUCAAUUGAGAAUCUAUACUGUGAGGGUAAAAAGUUCCACCAGCAGGUAGAGGAGAAGCUAUCUGAUUUGCAUUGUUUGUUAAGCAAUAAAUCAAAGAAACCGGUUGAAGAAAGACUGCACGAGGAGAGAGAGGCACUUUGUGGAGGAAAAUGGGUAUUGACAAAUGGUUUGGUCAGGAAUGAGCAAAAUAACGCAGAUAGAUUCAAAAAUGAAUGUGCCAAUGUCUGCAGACAAGUUUCGGAAAUUGGGGGUGAGCUGAUAGGGACUGCCCAAGCAAGCAGAGACCGCAUAAGUGAUUCUGAUUUUAGUGAUAUAGCAAGUUUUGAUGAAGUUACAGAUGGGAACUACCUGAAAUUGUUAGAAUUGAACAAUCCUGCUGAUGAAGAGUGCUACAGGAUGGCAAUGGAAGUGCCAUUGUCUCCUACACUUCCCGAGUUUGAGGUUCAAGCUGUUGAAGCUUCUCAGGUCAAUAAGAUCAAUCCUUCAAUAAAGGAAUCCAUCUGCAACGGAUAUUCAAAUAAGAAUGGUGGUCAUGUUGAUUGUUGUGACAUACAAGGCCUGAAUGGGAACGGUUCGGGUAAGUCUGUAGCAAUGGGUAAACCUUGGGACAUCCAGGUGCAUGAUGCUGGUGCUGAAGUGGUGUCUAAUGCACCUAUAUUAAGAAAUAAGGCUAUGUUCCCAUUUGGAAGUGAUGGUGCUGCGGGUGGCAAUAUUUUCCAAUAUCAUGUUGUGUUUUCAAAUACUGAAGACAGCAAUAGCCUCUCUAGGAUAUGUGAUGCAUCCAGAAGUUGUAUUGCACAGUGCUCCUUGGCUACUCAUACGGAGUGGAUCGUGCGAGAUAUUCUGUUUGCUGUUAAGAGUGAAGAAAAACUUCUUCCGAAGGAAAAGGUUUGUGUAUUAUUUUCCUUGUUGCUGCUUAACUUCACCAUUGCUUCUUCAAGUAAAUUUGGGAGCAUGUGUUGGGAAUCAAAACCCUGCUUAGAUUCUUUUGCUCAACACGUGUGCUCAGUGAAUUCUGAUGGUGAUGGCAGAAGGAUAUUUUCAGAAUUUGGUUGUUUAGAUGAAUCCCUUGGUCUCAUAGAGGAUUUCAUAAUACAAGGGAGAGUUUUUGUCUGUAUGGAUGCACCGACAAUGGAUGAGUGCCACUCUAGCAGCUUCCUACAUGGCAACAUAGAUAUAUCCCCUCGUCCAGCAUCAGCAGAUGAGUUGGUGGCAGGGAGCAUUGUAUUGGCAUCACUAUGUGCAGCAUUUGAUCACAUUGGUUUUAUUUGUGAAACUUCCUACAACAUUUUGCUGAUUAAGGGAUUAGAUCGUUCAUUGGUUCUGAAGAUGCUGCAUGUUUUUGCUUACAUGGGUAGGGAGAAGUUUUUCAACUUCAGCAACUAUAGUUUAGUGAAUGUCUUGAAAUCUAUUGUUAGAUUUCUCGAGGGAGUUAGCAAUUCAGGAAAUGAGUUCUGUCCGUGUGUUGAAUGCCCAUUUUCAGAUGAUUCUGUUUCUGUAGAUACUGCUAUAUCAUUUCUUUUAGAAAGGGUAAUGCAAUCAGACAAUUCAAAUACAGAUCUCACACUGUGUGACCUCAGCGAUCUCCUAUCAUUGGUGGAGUUGGUUGCAUCUAACAUGAGCUGGACGUGGACCAGUGUCAAAGUUGUUCCUCAGCUGAUGAAAAUUGUGGAAUCAUGCAAUGCGGAGAAUGUUAUUGCUGGAGUUGUUGUCCUCCUUGGUCAACUUGGGAGGCUUGGAGUUGAUUCUGUUGGCUAUGAAGAUAAAGGGGUGAAAUUCUUGAGAAACGAGUUGUCUGCUUUUUUAUGCCGUGACUCGGCGACCAGUACAGGUCUUCCUACUCAAAUUGCCACCGUCACGUCUAUGCUGAGUCUGAUGUCUUCUGAUUUCAGAACAAUUAUCCAGAGUAAUGUGAAUCCUUCCGGCAUUAGUAGUCAAUCCGAUCCGGCACAGUCGAUAAGAAAGUGGUUUUCUUUGCUGCCAAAAAAGCAACAGGAGUUGUCAUCCAGCCUUUUACAAGCUGCUAGUGUAGAUAAGAGCCGAGAUACUCUGUGAAACUGCAAGGAUGCUCUGACCUGAAGGGGAGAAUUCUUUUAUGCAGGUUGUAGCCAUAGGAUUUUUUUUUGUGAGGGUAGGAGAUUUUGGUCAAAUUUUUGCCAUUCUAUUAGGGUUCAUGACCAAAAGAGAGUAGGGUUAGUAGUGUUAUGACUGUAUCUUGAAGAAAUUGAGGAUUCAUGACAAGAGCAGUGUAUAUAUUCCUUAGCCAUUGGGUUUUGGCUUCUUGUAGCUCAUCUGUAAUUUUUCUCAUGAGAAUGGAAAUGUUGUCCUUCG